GUCCCUGCAGGCUCGCUGACAGUGUCCAUCACAGACAUGCGUGCUCCAGUGGUGGGGGGCUCCGGGGGGGUCUACGCUUUGUGCUCAGCGCAUCUGGCCAAUGUCGUCAUGAACUGGGCCGGAAUGCGCUGUCCGUACAAGCUUCUCCGCAUGAUCCUGGCACUUGUUUGCAUGAGUUCAGAGGUGGGCCGUGCAGUCUGGCUCCGCUUCUCACCACCGUUGCCCUCCUCGGGUCCACAGCCCAGCUUCAUGGCACAUCUUUCGGGCGCCGUGGUCGGUAUCAGCAUGGGGCUGCUGAUCCUCCGCAGCUAUGAGGAGAGUCUACAGAAACAGUGCUCCUGGUGGGUCAUCGUCUUCUCCUUCAUAACCUUCCUGCUCUUUGCUAUCUUUUGGAACAUCUUCGCGUACGAGCUGCUCGGGGUACAGAUACCACCUCCUCCCUGAUGAAGGCCCCCUCCUGCCGUCCUGUCUUCUUUGACCAUAGUUAACCUUCCAUUCCCUCCCAAGUUAGACCCAAAUGAAAUUAUUCAAACUAGAAAUUGACCAAGAAUCUUUUUUUUACAGAUACUUUGCAAAUCAAAGAAAUAAGUCUCUUUUAUUAAAGAGGGAUUACAGUAGCAACAAGUACAGGUGAAAGUUCCUCGGAUCCAUAUUGAGGAACGUUAUAUCUUUUUUAUAUAAAUCAGAUCUCAUCUGCCAGACCAGCGUUAACGUUUCUGUGAAUGUUUAGCUUUUUUGCUCUUUUGAAAAGCAGUUUUCAUCAGUUUUUUUUCUCUGCUUGCAUCUUCCAUUCACACAAAGCAUGUGCCUCCAGAGAAGGAAGAUGUAAGAAAAGAGAUGAGAGGUAUGCCCUUUAAACUUAUGGGAUGACAGUGUUAUGCUUUCAAUCGAAAUCUGAAUCUGUGCCACUAAUUAGAUAAGCAAGAAAUUUUUCAGCAGAGCUUGUGUCUAGCUGAGGACAGAAAUGAAAACAAAUACAAAGAUAAGUUAUAGUAUUUCUGUACCACAGUGCUGUCUGUGUUACUCACAGUGGUCACAGAGGCUUUUUGCUAAAUUACUUGCACACCAAAUAAAAAUUCUUCUCACGUACAAAAAGCGUGAAAUCUGAAGAAAUUAGUUACUCAGAAUAGUUACAUGCAGGUGUCAUUUCUCUGUGGAUCUUUUAGUUUAAGGUGAACCUUAAUUACUGUCAUUUUCCCAUCAUCUUGAGGACAUCAGUAUUUCUUCUCCUUGUCUUUUCGUUGUUAUGACACCUACACUGUGGAUACAGAAACGUAGUUCAUACAGUGAGAACCGGAUAUGAACAUGGGAAAUUAAAGUGACUGUUGCUGAAUCCGAUGUCUGACGUGCAUUUGCUCAGCACACCAUGUAAAAUAUGCUAUGUCAUCUUCUGUGGCUUUCAGUGAGAUGAUGACACACACACACACAAACACAUGCAUACACUUCUCUUUGUCUGAGAGAGUAGCUGCCGCCUGAUUCUGUCGGUCGACGUGGACAAACCGAAGAGAAGAACACCACUAAAUUUCACACACAUACACUAUAGCCUCAGCCUCAACUCGUUCUCACUCGGACAGACUGAACUGGGGCGGGGAGUGGGUGUGUCAACGCCUGACCUCUGACCUGCAAGUCCCAGAAGGCAUUGGGGUCCCUACAUCAGGCCCGGUCAAUACCUCAGUUUCUCAUUCUUAGGGACUGUAUACAUUUGUAAAGGAAUGUAUCUAUAAAAAAAAAAAAAAGUGUUGUUCCGUUGUCCCCGUAUUUUAUUUGAAAUGGAUGUGUAUAUUGUAUGUUCAUAACCAAGACUAUAUUUAUUUGUACUUUCUUCCUCUUUAAAAGGGAAAAGGAGAUAAUUUUCAAAUGGUGCAAAACUAAUGAAAUGAUUGUCCUGAAAACUCCUGUAUGGCUUUGAUCCUCUAAAAAGAAAAAAUAAGGAGGUAAGAUUCCCUGGUAUGUUGUGCAUCCACCAACAAUGAAGCUCUCUUGAUUUUAUAAAUAUUCAGUCAGUGCUUUAUCAAAUAAGCCAUAGAAAGAACUAACUGGAGAGGGCAAAAAGUGGAGGAAAAAUAUGUCUGAAACCUGCUGACUGGUAGCAUCAGCUAAAUCACUUGGCUUGUAUGUGUGUGAGAUCCAAAAUAAAUUCUUUGUGAAUAACCCAGCAGGUUAAAAGUAAAAAUAACUCAAACUGUGCAAGUACAUGCCUGUAAAACCCUGGACUGCUUGAGUUGUUUUCAUGUAGCUUUACUCAUAUUUGCUACUUGUUUGCAAACUUAUUUAUUGUGAGUGCAGCGUAACUUUACAAGUGCCCGCAUAUCUAAACCCUGCAGUGUGCAGACACCACGCUGCAGUUCUCCUUCUGCUAAUAAGAAAUUAUAGAUGAAGCUUCUGUCAUAUAAUAUCUUCAGAGUGAUUUGAGCUUUUGGAAAGCUAAGGCGAGGAUAGCAAUUACAAUUACUCAAUGCUACAUUCCAUUUUCCAGUCCCUCAAUCAAUAAUUCAUUUAAAUCACCAGUACCUACGUAGUUUUUUUUGGGGGGGGUAGUCUUGAUGGUCAGCAGUCCUCAGCAUUUUCUUCCACAUGAAACUGUCAGUAGUGACAGAAGGCUUCAUGUUUAAUGAGGGGAAUAAGUAUGAAAUAGCCAUAAUAAGCCAUUUUCAGAACCAUUUCAGCGAGAAAUUAUGUGCCAGUAUGCAGUAGUGAUGUAUCCUUGAUAGAAACUUGUGUAUAUCAGGAAAUGUUAUUGCUUUGGAAAGUAAAGAUCUGUUGAUGAAUAAUGCAUUCCUAUUGGGUUAGCCUAUAAUGAAGACAAAUAGGAUACCUGAGAGAGGUUAAUGUACCUCUUUAACUUAAUGCUCAUAGGCAACUAGACAGGAUUUUACAAAAAAGGGGGAAAUGGAUUUAUUCUUCUUGAACAAAUUACCCGCACAUGUGACCCUCUCCAGGGAGUGCACGCAGGACUGAUAUCAAAGGCUUGUGAAAUUCAUGUUUUCUCUAAAACCAAUAGUGAAAAGACACUUGACUCAGUUAUGUUCUUACAAAGUCAAAUCCCUGGUGUAUGAAAGGUUUUAUAUGCUUGAGUGUCUUUGGUGGAAAACAGACAGUAGCAUCAGCCACCAGGUGGACGUGAAUAUUUCAUGAGUGGUGUUACUUUUCUGUAAGCCAAACCUUAUGGGACUGAGCCAAUCAUAACACACGGACACACACACACGCACAAAGAAAAAUAAUUCAUUUCCUCCUUGUCAAAAGGAGUGUUUGAGACUGUCAGAGAACAUGCAACAUCUUCGAGACACCAGACACAACAAUGUUAGAACGCUUCAUAAAAGUGUAAAAGGAAUAUGUUCUUUUGAUAUCUUUUUUAAACGGUGGACAGGUGUCCCAGUGACAUGAGCUGAAUUACAGAAGCCUGUCAAUGAUAGUGUACUUCACUUCAAAUUACCCUUUUUUGUUAAGUCAUUCAGAAAAUCUGUCUGACUUCUUAUUUUUGAAGUCUUGAUCAAAUUACUUGACAGAACCUAUGUGCUUUCCUUUUUUCUUCAAUGAUUCUUCCUAAUUUUCUGUGUCUGUAUUUCAUCAUGAAUGGACUUUCUCUUUCCAAUUGUUGUGUGCAAUAGUCAUUCUCUACACUUCUGUCUCCCUAUGUCAACCUGUUGUGUUGGUAUUCCCCAGAGACUUGUUACAAUAUACGUAUUCUUAUGAUUAAGCUACUGAAAGGCUGCUUCAUUCUUGCCUAUUUGCUACAUUUUCCAUGAUCAUGUACAGAAUUUGAGACAGAAGCCGCUGUGCGAAAAUCUGUAGCUGAUCUGAGCUGCUGUGUGCCAACAAGCCCGCCAGGUUGCCUUUACUUUGUGUUUCGCUCUUCUCAGCUGUGGGUAACUAUCUCUGCAGGACUGUGCAGGUAAAGCAGGCUGCUGUAGCUCCCGAUGUAGAACUGUUAUUUACGACAACAAAAAAAAUGUCUCUGGCUGCUCAUCCGUGUGUAUAUUUGUAAUGUCAUUUCAAGAUUUUCAAAAAGGGCCCCAAAAACUUCAGCUUCAUUUAAAAAAAAUAUUUUGGAUAUUUGCAUUAAAAUAUUCACAGCAGGGUCUGAUAGAAAAAUGGUUGUUGAAAAGUUACCUUUCAGAACAGAGAAGAAUUAUUGAGGUAUGAAAAAAAAAGGCACAGAUGUCAAAAAAGCCUUUUUUUCCUGAUGUGAGGGAACAUUUUGUGGUUCGUAACAUUACUAAAGUCUUGCUUUGCUAAACAUAACUUACAUGAUCACAAAUACUGAGCCACCGUAGGUCAUGCAGAUACAUAGCUUGUGAUUUCUCAAAAUAAUUUGUUUCGUCUGAAACAAUAGAAUAAGUCAUAUCUCUGCUGCUGUGGUAGUUUUUCACGAGCUGCUCUCCUGUAUCAAUAAAAUGGUGCCAAGCUUAUGUGGCUAAAUCUCUCAGACCAGACAUGAGGUUGUGCCAAAACAGCGUUUACAAAAAGAAGCUAUUUUUCUCUCGGUCAAGAGGAAACUUAAGGAAAACUAAAUUUACAUAUGGAUAAUUUAUAUCAAAAUCCUCAUGAAUUACUUCACAAACUAUUGUACUUUUUAAAUGUUCUGAACUGAACCAUUUUAUAUUGUAUAUAUAUGAAUAUAUUUUGUUUUAUUUUGUACUGUUCAUUGUACUUUGCUUUAAUUUAGACAAUAUAAAUAAAGAACAAUACUGU